CAACGUGUAUUGGUCUUCAGUGGUUGUCCGGCCGGUGAUUCACACACAGACAAACCAGGGGCCCUUUCAAUUGGUAGCAGAGGAUGGUUCACUGACUAUCCAGGUGAGUAAUAAUUUCUGCCACUAUUUGUGUUGGUUGGAAUGUUUCUCUCCUGGAUACGGUGAAUAUCUGAUGUAUACUGGAUGGCAGGUUAGUUGAUAGGUUAGUUUAGUGUUCAUAUGACUGUGGGACAGACACGAGGCAGCACUCAGUGUUCUGCGUAUCCUGAUAGGAGCGGCGUCUCCUAUAGGCACAGUGGUUGGCAGGGGAUGUUGUUCCAGGAACAUACAUCAUAUUGAUGGCAGGGAAUUUUCCGAAUGUAGAAUUAGUCUCUUCGGACGUUGGCAGGGAUUUUACAAGUGGGAAUUAGUCUCACUUGACGGUUUAUUGAGUUACAGGAAGGAUAACUCUGGAUUUAUGUGAAACAAGGAAACAAGGUACCAGGAAUAUAUGUAAAGGAAUACAUAUGAUACAAAGGAAAAAGUGAGGGAAAUGCAUACAUCUCAAUGCAGAUGUUGGUUUCUAACUCACUAGGAUUGUCUGUGGAGUGAAUUGUUUAUAGAACAUAACUGUACAGUUAUAACUUGGAAGGUGACAUUGAUUACUGCAGUCUAUUAAGUCCAUAAAUGGUGUUGCCCAUAUUAGAAAUUCUACACGUGUGAUAAGAAUAUUGUACUGGUGGAAGAUCUGAUUGUGCUGGCUUAAUUGAUCCUCAACAAUACUAACACAAUUACUUGCUGCUAUUUUUACGCUGCUAUUUCCACCUCACUGUUUGCUGCUCAAAUAUAUAUAUAUAGAGUUCAUUGUCAAUUGCAUUAAGCAUUAUGGGUAACAGCGUGGGAAAGGAUCUGGAUGGUGAGCCAGAGACCAGACCCACACCGUUACAUUUUGUAUCAGGCACCUGUGGGAUUAGUGUAACUGAUCCAUUUUGGGUAAAUAUCUGUGACCGCAGUCAGCAACUGUGUAUUACGCAGAUCAGCGAUGUAGGUCCUCGCAAUGAAGGGGACUGGGAGGAGGUUAGAAAAAUGGUGGGGCUUCACCCUAAAUAUAACUAUCCAGCCGGUGCCUGGGAUGAAAAUUAUAUGAAAACAUGUUUUAAAAAAUGGGAGAAAGCAUUAAAAGAGUAUAGGAAGAGAUUUCCACCAACCCAUCACAUAUACUUAAAACAGGAUAAGGGGACAGUGAGUAAAAAGGAAGAAGUUCCAUGGUCAGAAAUUCUGCCCUCCUUACCAGAUAAACCACCGGCAUAUGAUGUGACGGUAUUAGAACCAGAAAAGGCAACACUCCCAGCUGUCUCUACGGAGGACAUGCUACAAGACCCUUAUGAUAAGGUCCCCUGUCCAAAACAAGCAACCGCACCAGAAUUAUUAUUAUUUUCUGGUGAAAACCAAAAGAGAACCGGACUGUACCCGGAUUUGGGAGAUAGAGAUUCCCUUUUGAGUACUGCAGUUAUAGUGGCAGCAGCACUUAGGGAACAAAAAGAUGUGGCUCCACAAGUCAAAGAGGCUCAGGAAAGGAGGAAGGAAUAUAGAAAAAGUAUGGACAUUUAUGUACAGGAGUUGACACAACUGAGGGAUAAACUAAAGAUAGACAUAGUCUACAUUAAACAACUUCCCCUUCAGGGUUUCCUUCCCGUCGUGUAUAAUCACGAGAACCCAGAUGAUACUGACCUUCCUAGUGAGGAGUAGAAUGGAUGAAAAGAUACAAAGGAGAUUCAGGCUUACACACAAUGCUAAAUACAAAACAAGAGCCGAAAGAGGAUUUUUAUAGUUUCUGUAAGAGACUGUUGGAUCUCUACAGUAGUACAGGGAUGAA